AUAUCGUAAACACAAUUACACGUGUUAAACACAUAACGCAAAGUAAGAAACUAACUGCAGCGGUUUGCUACUUGACUGCGUCAGACCGGAUCGGGGAAAUUGAGGGGAAUACAGUUUACCCUCUCUCUGGCGUUAUUAUGGGGUUCUGUGGUGGUGCGAGAUUGUGAAGAAUACCUGCAGAUGAGAAAUGGGGUAGUGGAAGGGAUAAGGUGGAAUGAGGAAAACGCAAUAGUAUGGGUGUUUUCUGGCUUCUCAGUGCGUUAUACUAAAUCUGAUGCAAUGUAAAAUAUUUAUUUCGUACCAUGAUAAUAAGAUGAGUAUUCCAAUUGGAACAUUUUUGCUUGGUGUAUGGCAAAUUCAAAGACGUAAAUGGAAAUUAGGUCUAAUACAAGAUUUAAACGAACGUACUACUCAUGAGCCUGUAGAAUUACCAGCAGAUUUAGAACAAUUGAAGUUAAUGGAAUAUUAUCCUAUUAAAGUUAAAGGAACAUUUUUAUACGAUAAAGAAUUUGUUCAGGGGCUUAGAAAUUUAAUAUUGGAUGGUGAAGCAAAAACUGAUAAUUCCUUUAUGACAUCCCAAAAUUCUAAAAAGGGAUAUUGGAUUAUCACACCUUUUAAACUAUCAGAUCGAGAUUUGACGAUUCUAGUAAAUCGUGGCUGGAUUCCUAAAUCUUUUAAAAGUCCAGCAAAAAGGCAAAACAUUGAGUUACAUGGUGAGGUAGAAAUUACAGGAAUUUUAAGGUUGAACGAACCAAGACCACAAUUUGUACCCAAAAAUUCGCCUGAUGCAGAUGAUUUAUGGUACUAUAGAGAUGUAAAUGCAAUGGCAGAGAAAGCAGAAACUGCUCCUAUAUACAUUGAAAUGACACGUAACAAAGAUUCUCAUACAUAUCCAAUAGGUGGUCAAACACAAGUGGUAUUGAGAAAUGAACACUUAAGUUAUAUUAUCACAUGGUUUUCACUUUCUGCAGCCACUUCUUAUAUGUGGUAUAAACAAGUAUUGAAACGUUGUGCAAUUUAAUUGGUCUAUGAUUAGCAUAUUUAUUAAAUAUAAAUAAAUAUACAUAUAAAUAAAUUAAAUUACAAUGACUUUUAAUCAAACAGACUAGAAGCGUUUACUGUCGUUAAAUUCUAUUAUAAUUGUUCCACUUUCCUCUAUGGCAGUUUAAAGUUAUUUUAUUAAAAAGAGAACAAUUAAUUAAAACUUGAAUUAACACUCUCAAAUUUUUAGUCUUUUACCAUGUAAAAUAAAUUAUUCUUUCAAAAUAUUCGAUAUAGCAUUCUGUCAUACAGCAGACAAAACAGAUCUCAAAUUCGCAUCCAUUAGCUGGGUAUUACUUUUAAUUUUUUAACACUUUAUUAAGAAUAACACCGUUUACUCAAGUCUCGGCAACGAUACAAUUUCAUGAAUGUAACCGACGUUGCAUCGAUGAAAAUACGUUCGAUUUAACUAUCUUUCCUACUUUACUAAUCUUCCAACUAGCUACUUGGAACUAAUAAACUUAAUAUUAAAUUUAAAAUACUAAAUGUUUUUUUCUUGUGUUUAAAUUUGAACAUAGAAAAAAUGUAUCCCUUGACGGUUGAUAAAUGUCUUCGUUCGAUGAUAUAUUAACUUCUACCUGGUAAAAGAAAAUUAAAAAAAAUACAAUUAAAGUUUU